GCCUUGGCGCUCGGGGUGGAAGAAGGCGUGGAGAUGACUCUCUGGCACUCAAGGCCUCUACUUGCCUGUCCCGACUGACGUUGGGCAACAAAGAUGGCGGCGGGAACCAGCAAUUACUGGGAAGAUCUUAGGAAACAAGCUCGACAGCUGGAAAAUGAACUUGACCUGAAACUAGUUUCCUUCAGUAAACUGUGUACGAGUUACAGUCACAGCAGCGCCCGGGAUGGAGGCCGCGAUAGGUAUAGUUCUGACACAACACCCUUAUUAAAUGGAUCAAGCCAAGACAGGAUGUUCGAGACAAUGGCCAUUGAAAUUGAACAGCUUUUGGCAAGGCUUACAGGAGUAAACGACAAAAUGGCAGAGUAUACUCACAGUGCAGGGGUGCCCUCCCUGAACGCAGCCCUGAUGCACACGCUACAGCGACACAGAGACAUUCUGCAGGAUUAUACACAUGAAUUCCAUAAAACCAAAGCAAACUUUAUGGCAAUACGGGAAAGGGAGAAUCUCAUGGGAUCAGUACGAAAAGAUAUUGAGUCAUAUAAAAGUGGGUCUGGAGUAAACAACAGGAGAACUGAACUGUUUCUGAAAGAACAUGACCACCUUCGAAACUCUGAUCGUCUGAUAGAAGAGACAAUAAGCAUUGCUAUGGCAACAAAAGAGAAUAUGACUUCGCAGAGAGGAAUGCUCAAGUCCAUUCACAGCAAGAUGAACACUCUGGCCAACCGCUUUCCCGCCGUCAACAGCCUGAUACAAAGGAUCAACCUUAGGAAGCGGCGUGACUCGCUCAUCCUUGGAGGCGUCAUUGGCAUCUGCACCAUCCUGUUGCUGCUGUAUGCAUUCCACUGAGAGGUCGACCCCAGGACUCUGCCCACCGCCUCUGCGGCCUGCUUUGGAAUGGGGAACCUGCAAAGGAGAGAGACCGUCCCGGCCAUGAGCCUGCCAGCAGAUGAAUUCUAAACUGCACCGUGGCUCUGACCUGGUCGGACUGAGCUGAAGCCACAGUUUUUCUGUGCUAUCUUUUUCUAAUACAUAUUACUCUGUUUUUAAUUUUAAAAACAACAAAAGGUUUCAGUUGCUGCAUCUCCCUAGGAGGUAAGCAAGCAGAAGCUGAGAACCUGGGCUUUAAUGACUGGUGAAGCCAGAUGACUAGCGGGCCACAUAGCUGGACUCCUCACAGCACCAGGCUCUACAUCCAAAGAUGGCCUCACUUUCAGCCACGAGAUUGGAUGUGAAUAAAAAUAAUUCUUGUCCUUUUAUUUAACACUUGUGAUGAGAAAUCAGCUGUCCUUUGCUGAUACUCUGUGAUCCAUAUUCUAUUCUGUGUCCCUAACUCUUGGCAGUCAAGAAAAAUUCCAUUUCCCACGGAUUCUGUAAGAUGUUGGUAGGCCAGCUUCAUGUUUGAGGCGGUCUGAAAUGGAAAGUGCUAUAGAAAGGGUGUCUCUUUUCUGUUUCAGUUGUGAGCCCUGGGUCAACUACUGCCACCAGCACAUCAGAAUGGCAGGCCUUACAGAGGAGCUGGUCAUUGCUUUAUUAUUUCUUCCCUUGGGCUGAUAUUUGCUUGUAUUGAUAAAAAUGCAUUUCCAGUGAUAGCCCGUCAGUGACUGUCAUCGGCCCUCGAGUCCCAUAUCAUGUGAAGCUUAAUACUAGGAACUGAAGGAGGGACUUGGUUCUCUGUGAGGUCUGCUCGUGAGCCACUGUGAGAAGACAGUGAGGGUGGCUCUCCAGGGCUUCCCAUCUGUCAGUGGUGUGCAGCCUAGAGCAAGGGUUAGCACUGCCGCCUGAUGUCACAGUACUCAUGCCCUGUGCAGAUCUAUCCCCUCCUCCUCUGUUAGGCUUCUUCCUACUCCCAGGCCACAGGAUGACUACUGAAGGGGCCGGUGACUCCUACCUGCACCUAUCUUACUUUGGACAGUGACAGAAUUGUGAAUGCUUUUCAAGGUUAGCCAUUUCUCAGAAUCUGUAAAUCGGUAACUUGUCUUACUCAACUAGCAGAUAUGUUAAAGACUCCAACACGUGUGCUCACCAAGAGAGAAGGCUUCUGGUCCCCCUGGAAUGUCCUCUAGCACAUCGUCCACGGGCAGUGAGAGGAUAUUAGAGCGUAGCACUUCACCAUUCUGUGGUGCGGGAUGGUGCCUCUGGGCCAACUUGAUACACUUACUGCUUGCUCCUGGAUAGACUGACACCCAGUCUGAGACUGACUGACAGGUUUGAUAUUCUGCUAUUGAAGUGUUAGUACAUUCUGGGUAUGAAAGGCAUUUGAUAUAUUUUUCUUAAUUAUGGGGUUUAUUUUUCUAAAUAUGGGUUAAUCGGCUUGUUGACUGGGCAUGCCCUUAAAAGGAAAUUAAAUUUCCCUCUAUGGACCUUAAAGAAUCAGGGAAGUUCGUUUGUUAAAUUCUCUUUUAGAGAGAAUAGAACUUCUCUUCCCUGACAUUUCAUUAUCUUUGAUUUUUUUCAAAGGGCCUUGAUUGGCAGUUGUGCCUCAGCAGGACUUUAUGGGACUUUGGUUGUUAUAUAGUGGGCAUAUAUAAAAUCUGAAGUAUCAUAAAUAAAGUUAUUUAUUUAAAUAUACAGCCAGUCUUUUCUCCUGGUUUGAUUAUGUGCUUCGUUCACUCUAGCUGAUGAGUGAACGGGAGCUAGGACAUGGCCCUGCCCCACUGCCGACCGCCACAGCACAGCUGCUGGCAGCAGACGGCCGCCCAGGAGGCUGCACUCAGAUGAACAGUAGGAUUAUGUUGCUUGUUUUCUUUUUGAGAGUAAAUCAGUUCUUUCAGGGAAGGCUAGCUGUAGAUGCUGGAGACAGGAGUCUGACCUCCCAUUGUGGUACUCUAGAGGGAAGACUGCUCCUCCCCCUCCCAUUCCGCCAUUUCUGGUUCCGCCCUCUACAGGACCUGUGGUUGCCAAUUUGAACUUCAGUUUUAUGAUAGUCAAUAUUUUUUUUUCAAGUUCGUUUCUCCCAUCUUGGGCUUACCCAGUUAUCAGGCUUGGGCGUUGGCAGUGAAGAAGUUCUUAUCAGAGCCUGAGGUAAGAGGAUUUUUUUAUUUGUGAUCCCAAGGAACUGUUGCUCCUGUAGCCAUAGUUUUUACAGAAUUUUUUUUUAAAAAAAAUUUUUUUAGUAGUAACUGUUCAAAACUUCCCACUUUGCUAAAAGAUACGAGAAAUGGAAAGAAACAGCAGAAAAGUUCCAAAUGUGUUUGUCUGCCCUGGCUUGAGAGCAUCUCACUGUUUAGCCCUGGCUGGCCUUGAACUCCUGCCUCAGCUUCCUGAGCCCCUUGAACUGCUACCUGAUGUAUACUGCCAACCCUGGCUUUACUCGGUAAAUUUCACCUCUGUGUCUCAGUGACUGAGGCACUUUGUUACUGAGAUCCACAAGCCGUUGCAGAAGGAGCCUCUGCCUCCUACCCUGGUAAUCUUUUGUUUUUCCCUUCUCCUUGAUACCAACAUUUACUGUUAUUGAGAAUGUCUUUUUGCUUCUUCCUGGUACUCAGAUCAGAAGUGGGGACAGGUGAGGAAGAGCUGCUCUUGAUGACACUUUUGUACCCGGAACCAGAUAGCGGGGUGCUUCUCUGCUGGGCGUGGAUGUGUGAGUGGAAGGCUGCCCUGUGGAGAUGAGGCACCACACCUUGGCCUUCACCACAUCACUGUCCUGUCUUACUGCUGACGCUCUCAUCCUGAGGGGGUUGCUUUUAAGAAUGGGUCCAGCCUUCCAACUUCUAAUACAGAUCUGUCAUUAACUAGAUAAGAGUUUUGGAACUUCAUUGAGCUUUUGAACUUGUAAUAUUCAGUGGUUGGGAUACAUGACCACACCCAUAUCAUUUGUGGCAAACAAACCUCGAAUGACGGAUUGUCCACUGUUCUCAUGUCAUGGUAGAGGGCAUUAUUUGGCCUGAACUCCAAAAAGAUGUAACAUUUCCCACUGCGGUCCCAAACUCGCUCAUUCCCUUGUGUGUCCACAUGCCCCUUUCUCAGGGGACCAGGGACAUGAAACAAGGUCUAAGCAUGAUGGUCUGGUGAGAACCUGGGAAAGCUGAGCCAUGGCUUAAAGAAUUUUUUUUUUCAAUCUGAUCUAAAAUUGUAGUACCAAAAUAUUUAUACACCCUAGUAGCUCUUAGUGAUGGGGGAAAUCAGUUCUGAUCAUACUUUAUUCCGAUGGAAGGUGAUUCCUCGUGAAAAAUGCCAAUACAGAUUUUUUUAAAUCUAUUCUUUUCCAAAUGCACUUUCUAAUUUUUUGCUUUUAAACUAGCAUCUUGGAACCAAUAUUGUAUUUUUACUUAAUUUUUGUUCUCAUCUAAAUGUGCAUUUUCUGACUGUAUAGAAGAAACUUUGUUAUAUAAUUUAAUAAAUUAAAUAUCUAAAUAGC